GCCGCACGUCGGGCCGCGGGAGGGCAGAACAAGUGUGGUUGCACCGACACCGGUACAUAGGCGCGGGCCGGCGUGUCCUUGGGCUAGAGAGCGGGACGUCUGUCUUCGGAGUCCGAACGUUUGUAGUGUUGACCAGGCCAGAGCGAACUAAAAAUGGGUGAUGUUGAAAAAGGCAAGAAGAUUUUUGUUCAGAAGUGUGCCCAGUGCCACACUGUGGAAAAGGGAGGCAAGCAUAAGACUGGACCAAAUCUCCAUGGUCUGUUUGGGCGGAAGACGGGUCAGGCUGCUGGAUUCUCUUACACAGAUGCCAACAAGAACAAAGGCAUCACCUGGGGAGAGGACACCCUGAUGGAGUAUUUGGAGAAUCCCAAGAAGUACAUCCCUGGAACAAAGAUGAUCUUCGCGGGAAUCAAGAAGAAGGGAGAAAGGGCAGACCUAAUAGCUUAUCUUAAAAAGGCAACGAAUGAGUAAUUCCACUGCCUUAUUUAUUACAAAACAAAUGUCCCAUGGCUUUUAAUGUAUACCAUAAUUUAAUUCAUACUCCAAAUUCAGAUCAUGAAUGGAUAACAAUGUUUUUGUUGGACAGCCCUGACCUAAGUAAAACUGACUUGUCGUAAAAUGGAUAUGAUCUUUUUUAAAACAACAAUUCCAGUUGUAUCCAUGCGAUCACUGCUCUCCCUUUAUCAAGAUAAGAUUGGACUUAAUUAGUAAUGGUUUACUUUCCGUAAAUAUGGGGGUAUCGCCUCAAACCUAUUAAAUGGUUUUAUACUUAGAUUUAUAUAACUGGGAAUAUCUGUUUAAACACUGGGAAAAUUCUAUUACUGUCUCAGAAACAAGAAGACUCCCCCGUGUUUCCUUCUCUGUUCCCGUUACAGGCAGUGGCCAAACACCAGGAAGCAACUGUCUAUCCUUGACAGUGCUGUUUUAAUUAGAGUUCCCUACAUCCAGGAUGCUGCCUUUUACCACUGAAAGGCUUUUACUGUGGUUUAUGUGUGAUAUCAAAUAAAGAGUAUUUAACACUUGUUUGUAGUUGAUCUACAAGUUAAAAUGCUUUUAGGAACAAGCAAGUUAGGCCUUUUAAAUUCUCUAUUAUCUAAGACUAAGUUGUAAUUCAGAAUUGUCCUUAAAUACCCAUUCAGAAACACACAUAACUGGAAUUUCUGUUUAUGCGUGACUGGGAAUGGUGCUCUUUGCCAAUUUACGAGAUGGAAAGAUGAAAAUAAAGGAGAUAGUUUGUAAGUUGUCAAUAGUAAGAAGAUAAUUAAAAACAAUCACAGAUCAUGA